GGCCUCUUCUUUGUCACGCUGAAAUGAAAUUAACGCUUUUGUUAAGAUCAGGCAAAAGAGCUAGCUUCGGUCAUUCGGUUAUCAGUAGCUAGCAUGCUAUACGCUAGUUAGCACACCUUAGCUAGGCAGCGAGCCAUCAUUUUGGCGGGUAUUUUGCAUUUAUGCAAUUUCGUAUUCGAAUGCGGUUAAUUUGAAGCAUGACAACGUUAAAUACAUAUGUUUUUGUCCGACGAGAGCCAAUGGUACUCCUUGUUGACAUGUAUCAUAAGGUUCAAUAUUACGUCAUUCCAAUAGGCCACAGCUAAUGACGUCAUCGUUUUCGCAUGACCUUCACGUGCAUCUCAAUAAAUCAGAAUAUCUGAUAUAUUUCAGUAGUUCAGUUGAAAAAUGGAAACAUCCAUUACACACAUUCAUUACACACACUGAAGUAUUUCAAGAAUGUAUUUCCUAAUCAUUUUGGCGAUAAUUGGCAGACUCUUGUAUAGGCGCUCAUCACUAGUCUUAACCCUCUGGCUUAACUUCUAUUCAUAUUCGUCUGAAACCUGCGAAAGUAAACGUUUUUUGCAUGAAAUAAUUGUCAUGGCUGAAAACAAUAUACCGUAAAAGCUGUUUUUAAAGUCAGAAAAAGUAUUUAUUUAAUAAAAUUAAGUUAAAUUAAAUUAAUUUUUAUGCAAUGUCAAACUGAGGACAAAAAUGCAUUGCUGCUUCAGAGGAGGAUGGACGGAGACGGUCCCACUACCGACGCCUCCCAGCUGGGCAUCGCUGGAGAGUACAUGCCAUCUACACACUACGUGCUCCAGCAAGAUGAUGAUGCGGAUGAAAGUAUGAACGAUCAUGAAGAAGGUGGCUCGAAGGACAACUACAGGGAGCAGGACAUCUAUCUCCCCAUUGCUAAUGUGGCUCGCAUCAUGAAAAACGCUGUUCCACAAACUGGAAAGAUUGCAAAAGACGCCAAAGAGUGCGUGCAAGAGUGCGUGAGCGAGUUCAUCAGCUUCAUCACGAGCGAGGCAAGCGAGCGCUGUCACCAGGAGAAGCGCAAGACCAUCAACGGCGAGGACAUCCUGUUCGCCAUGUCCACGCUGGGCUUCGACAUGUACGUGGAGCCGCUCAAGCUCUACUUGCAGAAGUUCCGAGAGGCAAUGAAAGGGGAGAAGGGCAUGCCUGUGGCGGACGGCCUCGGAGAGGAGCUCACAGACGACAGCUUCACAAACCCUCUUCCAGCAGGAAUUAUAACAGCAGAUGGUCAGCAGCAAAACGUCAUGGUGUACACCACCUCAUAUCAACAGAUUCCCACCGUACAGCAGAUCCAGUUCUCGUGACACGGUCUCACCUCAAGCAUUAACAAGUGGCCCGUGCUCGCCCGAUGGCCUCCGACCCAUGACUCUGGUGGGGGGAAUAAAGGUCAUCAGAGGAAAGGCGUACCCUUCAUGUACAGAGAAAUCACUAUCUGUUGAGUAGAAAGUGUAGUUUCUAGCUGUAUGGUACCAAAAGGUUUUGGAUUUCAUCUGAACCACAUUGGAAACACAGCUGUGUGUUUGUUUUUUAAAGGCUAGUCUUUACGUGAUAAGCGGUCUAAUUUCUUUUGUGCAUGUGUGCAUUGUAAUGUGUUUGCUUUUAUGUUUUUUUUUGUUGUUUUUGCGUCUGGUAGGGGGGCAGGAGGUAGGGGAUGGGAAGCUUACUUUUAGCGACUUUUCCAAAUAAACUGCGAGAAGAGACGUUCCUGUCAUGCCAGGUCUUUUGUAAAUUCACCCGAUUUGUCAUGUACUGAAGUCAUUUGAAUAAAAAUGUUCAAACAUGUAAACUUGCCAGCAUUUUUAUUUACAGCAGUAAAAUGCCCAGUAAAAUAGAUGCCGGUGUCUUUUAUUA